CACCUCACCGUCGAUCUCACUUCUCACGAAACAUCCUUAGCGUUCGGUUGUGUGUCCGUGCGUCUCCGGCCAUUUUUGUCCCAAGCAAGUAAGCCACACCAAGGCAAAGCAAAGCCCAGCGUUCAGUUCACUCCUGCGGCUAGUCAGAGUAGAGGUCACAGUCAAAUCCAAUUGUAGCGGCAGUGUGCCCAGUCCGUUUUUGUUCGUUACGUGUGUGUUCAAGCUCACCUCGCAAGCAGAAGCCGCGCCGUAUUCAUCCCCGCGGCAGCUCGCUCGAGAAAGCAACAGAAUAAAAAAAGAAAAAUUAAUCUAAAACCGGUAAGGGAUCAUCUCGGUUCCUUUGUUCCCCGCGCGGCCAGCCAGUGUGUGCGUCACUCGAGAGUGCGUGUUCUCUUUCUGUGUGCGCGCGUGUGUGUUUCGUCUCCGGUGGAGAAGGCUGGAAAAUUUGGAGUGCGAAGGAAUUCAGCUUUAGAGCGACGAUCCGCUCGGGAAACAGUGCUAAAAAGCCAAUGCAAUUGUGAUCACCCGUGUGUGUGUGUGCGUGUGUUAGAAGCUUGGAAAGAUCCUCUCAACACAGCAGUGUGCACGUGUGUGUGUGUGUUUGUUUGAAGGUACUGAAAGGAAGAGUUCGCCCGUCCCCGUAUCCGUAGUUCGGAGCGCAAAAAAAAACGCACCACACAACAGGAAGAAAAGCUGCACAAGUGUCCAUCUUAUUUUGGUCUGGCCAUCUUGCUCUGAAGGUAUCCCACCGCUCCACCGCUCCCCUGUGCGCAGGAUAAAAAGAACAGCCAAGCAAGCCCCGGCCCACGCGUGUACCUUCUUCGCUAAGCUCCCUUUCAACGCAUAAUCAGCAAGAUGACUGAAACCACAGAAGCACCAGUCGUUGCACAGACCGCCGAAACGAAGACCCCGUCGCCCACGAACGAGACGGCCGUCGUCACGCCGGCCGAGAACGGGCAUGCCGAGGGUGGAGAUGCUAAGACGGCAGCCGCCGGCGAAGAACAGACCAACGGCGGUGCGACCCCGGACGAGAAGGCGAAGGCCGAGGAGAAGAAGGAAGACCCACCGAAGGAGAUGCGCGCCGUCGUGCUGACCGGUUUCGGUGGUUUCAAGAACGUGAAGAUCCUGAAAAAGCCCGAACCGUCGCCCCAGGCCGGCGAGGUGCUGAUCCGCGUCAAGGCAUGUGGACUGAACUUCCAGGAUCUGAUGGUACGACUCGGUGCGAUCGAUUCGCCGCCAAAAACUCCUACCAUCCUCGGUUUCGAGUGUGCCGGCGAGAUUGAAGCCGUCGGUGAAGAGGUCGAAGGAUUCAAGGUUGGCGAUCGUGUGGUGGCCCUGCCGGAAUUCCGGGCCUGGUCCGAGCUGGUGGCCGUCCCGACCAAGUACGUCUAUCACAUUCCGGACGAGAUGACAUUCCAGGACGCGGCCGCCAUCGUGAUGAACUAUCUGGUCGCCUACAUUCUCAUCUUCGAUCUGGUGUCGCUGCGCGAGGGCAAGUCGAUUCUGCUGCAUUCCGUCGGCGGUGGUGUGGGUCAAGCCAUCGUACAGCUGGCACGCACCGUGCCGAAUGUAACCAUUUUCGGUGUUUGCUCAAAGUCGAAGCACGAAGCGCUCGAGGCAACCGGUCUGAUUGACCAUCUGAUCGAUCGUACCGACUAUGUCAACGAGGUCCGGAAGAUCACAACCGAAGGCGUUGACAUCGUGAUGGAUUGCCUGUGCGGUGAGGAAUGCAACCGCGGCUACGGGCUGCUGAAGCCGAUGGGCAAGUACAUCCUGUACGGCUCGUCGAACGUUGUCACCGGCGAGACGAAGAGCUUCUUCAGCGUUGCCCGCUCGUGGUGGCAGGUGGACAAGGUGUCGCCGAUCAAGCUGUUCGACGAGAACAAGAGCCUGGGCGGGUUCAACCUGCGCCAUCUGCUGUACCAGCAGGACGGGUCCGAGUACGUGCGCUCGACCGUGGACAAGAUCUUCGGGCUGUGGAAGGACGGCAAGGUGAAGCCGGUGGUCGAUUCGGCCUGGGCGCUCGAGGACGUGGCGGAGGCGAUGCAGAAGAUGCACGACCGCAAGAACAUCGGCAAGCUGGUGCUGGACCCGUCGAUGGAGCCGAAGCCGAAGCCGGCCACGCCCGCCAAGAGCAAGUCGAAGAAGCAGGCCAGCGAGGACAAGGGCGGCAAGAAGGACAAGGAGGACGACAAGAAGGCCGAGAAUGGGGGCGGCGACGAGAAGAAGGAGGGCGGCGAUGCGGCCGACGAAGCCAAGACGAACGGCGAGGAAGGCGGCGAGGCGGCCCACGUGAACGGGGACGGCGGGGCGGCAGAGCACAAGGAGGAACCGGCCGCCGCCGCCGCCGCUACCAAUGGCGAUGCAACGGAGAGUGAGAAGAAGGAAUCGAGUUGAACGGUUAGCGGCACCGCAACCACACACUAGAAGCAUUGCAACAAAGCACAACAACUAUCCCAAAACCCGCUCCUUCAUUGAACUAUUUUACUGUUUUUUUUUUACUUCCACAACACACACCCCCAAACACACACCGCGCGUCCCGGUGUCGCGCAGCCAAAACAGGCUGCUGAUCGUGCGCGGGGAUCGCGCGCGCGUGCAUCUGUCGGUGUUUCGUGUGCCACAAUUUAACAAAAAAAACCCGCUCCUUCCUCCCCACUUCGUCCCAGCUUCAUCAUCCCCACUGGAGGAAUUGCAAAGAUAAGAGGAAGAGCAGCAGCGCCGAGCAACUAUAAAUAUAUAUAUUAUAAAUAUAUCUAAUGGCAAGCAAGCAUACGAAAAGUCAUACGCAGCAACCGAAAUCAUCACCCCCGCUAACCACCUAACCCCCCCUCAACUGCAUCACACACUAUAAGAAGCUACUACACUACAGAAAGGCCCGCCACUAUAAUGAAACGUACGCAGCAAGAGGCAACAGGACGGGGCGAGUGAGAGAAAAAAGGCGAACAAAACUAAUAACACAUACAUGCGAACAUAAUCAUAUGAUAAUACGUGGGAAAUGUUGCUCGUUAAGUGGAAGAACAGCCUGAAACUAGAGAAACCAACGUUAUGAAAAGAAGAAGGGGAGGGAAUGUUUAGAAACCUAGCCGGGUAUGCAACACGCUCAAACGAUCUAUGCCGAGCGAUCGCCGCAGGAAGAGAUGAUGCAAUUGGGUGGUUUGUGCGAACGUUGAUCUCAUCUCUCUUCAUUCGUUUUCCUUCCUUGUACUUGCAAGCAUCAUUGUUCUUUUUAAACCCCCCCCCCCUCCCCAUUUUGCUGCUUUCCGCUAAAGCCUAAACUAUAAACGACAACGUCAAGAUUUCAGCGUGUGUGAACAUCGAUAUUCCUUCGCAGGAACGAUUCAGAACGAAAAAUUUUCAGUGCGUGUGUGUGUGUGUGGCCUAAGAAGUAAUAGCGUCGAACCAGGGCAGGGUUUUAGGGAGCAAACGAAACAAUGAAACCAGAAUUGCGCACUAAAUGGACAUCUUCUCACACACAAGAGCACACAGCAACACACAAGACACACACCCGAGCGCGGAUACGAUAAGGAGUAUAAUUAGGGGAUCGGGAUCGUUUCUUCCUUUAUUUUUUUUAAAUAUGUGUCAUUUUUAUGUAAUAUUUAAAUAUCUAAUUGUAAUAUUUUUUUUCUCAUAUUGUACUGUUUGCGUCGCCGUCACAGACAAGCUGCUGCCCAUAAUGUAUCAUCAUCCAAGCCUGCCUCCCUGUGUUAUGAUGAUGGUGCCUGCAGAGCAUAACUAAUCGAAAUUGAUUCAUUUUACGUUUUACCGGUAUCAUCAUCGGUUCCGUUUCCGUUUUUUUAUGUAAUUAAUUACAGUAGGAGAGGUUACUUUCUUGCGCGCACUGAGGGUACGUGGGAAAGUAAAUUCCAACAAUUAUCUGCUAAAAUUAUAAAACAAAAACGAUGAGAAAAAGAACGAAAAAAAAAACACACACAUAUGUUAGCCAUGAUUUGCUCGUUCGGUUCCGGGGUUUCGGGUGUCCUUGUGAACCGUUUGUUUUUUUCCAAAUUGAUCAUCACCCCGGGCGCGCGCGCACCCCACAUAUAUGCAUUAUUGUUCUUGUUUAAAAAUAUGGUUUUGUAGGUGUGUGAGUGUGUGUUAUGGGCAACAGGCGGUGUUGUGUUAUUGAGAACAAGAAAGGCACGCCCACAAUGCACACACAAUGCAGCAUCGUCUGCAGGAAGCAUGUCAAAAGAGUAUAGUAAUUAUAUAAAAAUGAACCAGCCCCAGGGGGCGGGGUGUGUGCUUUUUCGCAUUAUAUCGAUUUUUGUAUAAAUUAACGGAGGCCCCAGCGGAACGCGCGGAUAUAAUUAUUAUUUUUUACAUUUUACACAAUUCGUCAUGUUUUGCGACAUAAAAUGGAGAUGAAAACAAAAAGUGGAUAAUAAUUGUAAAGCCUGAGAUUUAUAAAAGGGUUUUGUGUUUUGUUUUGUUUUAUUUUUUCCGAAUCCCCCCUGCCCCCCCCCCAUCAUUCUCUUUAGCGUUAAUAUUAAUACUAAUUGUUCACUCUACUGGUAUAAUUGCUCGCCAAAACUGCUUUACUAUUACUGCAUUAAAACUAAUCUUAAACCUAAUUCACGCAUAUAAUAACGGCAUUUGAUCCAUUACGGCUACGACGGUACUAAAAGGAACCGUGUUAAACAAAAAACCGCUCUCUAGAGAGAGCUUUCCAUGCUGACGGAACGUGAUUCUUAUACGAAAUCUUUAUAAAUGCUACUCUAAAAGCGCGUAAACGUGUAUGUAUAUGUAUGCGGUGUAGGCUUCUUUCCCCCCUAAAACCCCCCAAAUAGUGGGAUGUAUAUUUUGUUGGCUUUUCAUACAUAAUGACAAUGAUGAUAAUGAUGAUGAUGCACUCUGUUGGCACUGUUGUUUCUUUGAGCUUCAGCAGAUAUCGUUAGGGCGGCUGCUCUCUCUCUCUCUCUCUCAGGGUGGGAAAAUCUUCGUUCAAACCGAAGGGAAUCCUGCUGAAAUGUGCAUGAGCAAAGAGUGCUUGAAGGGGGAGAGAGAGAGAGCGCGUGUUAAUCUAUUCUUUGCUAUCAACUGUAUCUGUGUAAUAUAAAAUGCUAUGAUGAUGAGCUGUGGAACGUACUAGUAGGAAGAGGUGACGAUAAAUAGUAGCCAUAAUUUGUCCCACUGAUCACAAAAUGCAUACAUUUAUUUGGAAACGGAAACAUUUACCGAGUGGGAAAGGAAAAGUAGCUAGAAUUGAAACAAUACAGGACACACCGACCGGGGACGAGUGGGUUUCACCACUUGUUGCACACUCACAAGAGCCUCAUCAUUUGAAUCUGUAGAUUGGGAGUUUCUACCCUAUAGGCGCAUAGCUUCGUACGAACGUUUUGUAUGUAGCCAUUUACAGCUACGUGUGUGUGUGUACGCUUAUCGUUUUUCUAACACAGCUCUGCGCUCAGCGGCACACACAACAAUGAAAGACUUUAAAAUGGAAGCCUUUUUACAUGGACAAUGCAACCACUUUCUACUUCAAGCAAAAAAUACUGCUUUUUUUUUUAAAUCAAACCCGUAUCACCACCGGAAUGUUUCACAAGUGAACCAGAAAGGGAAACAUUUAGGAGCCCCCAUCAUGAUGGCUCGGAUUUUAACAAGAAAGCACAGUUAAACAUUUACAAAACGGUCAGUAAGACUUUUUGAACAUCAUUUUUUUCAAACACCCCCGCAUCCAUAAUUGAUCCCGAACACUGCCAUACCUGUGGAACCCUGUAUAGCUUCCAGGACAAAAUGAGCCUGCAAGAGCGAACAAGCAUACCGCAAUGCUCAUGUAAACCAUUUCAAAUGGGGGAAAAGGUUUCAAAUAUAAUUCAGUAGAGUAGUGACGACAUAUUUCCAACAAAAAAAGCUUUUAGAUGCUAAUUGCUGGUGCAACAACACAUCGCUGUGCGCUGCUUGUGAGACUGUAAUUUUUGGCUGGAUGGAUUUUUAACGGUUGCGUACGCAGUCGCCUUUCGCAUAUGAGAUACAUUUCUUACAAAUAUCCUUUUACCGAAAAGUGUAGGCCUUUUUUGGCACCGAUGAAGUCAAUCCGUACUGGAGCUUAGAUAGCAUAACGGAAGUUGGUUCUCCUGAUUGUACACAUAUCCAAAGCACACUUUUUUGGGCACUCAGUGAUGAUCCCCAUCGUUUGGUAAACCAGAUCUUUCUGGAUGCUGCUUAAUUAGGGAGAUAUUUGUCUACAUACAAAAAGCUUUUUGAAUAUAUCUAGCGCCUAUCACUCUGCGCGCGCGCGUCUAUUAGAGACGCCAGUUCCGAAGUGUCUAUUGCUUGCCGGAGAAGAGACCAUUCUUUUAUAGGGUCUUUACUUUCUUUUUGGAAACGUUUUUAUCUACACCUUUUGCCAGUUUUUACACAAUGAUUACCACAGAAGGACCAUGAUCUCUGGAGAUGGUUGGGCCGUUUCUUUUUCGGAAGAUGUAUCAAUGAAAGUAGAAAGGAUCAGGCAGUCUUUCUGCAUCCGCUUAUAUUUCCCUUGCUUUUUUGCAGAUUUGUCAUUGAUAUACUAAAAACUUAACUUACAACACAACCGUGGAAAAACACGUAAAAGAAGCUUUGUUACUGAACUUUAGCUCCUUUGUAUUGCUCUAUCGCUCUCUCUAUAUCAUCUCUAUCACAACACUUUCUUACGAGGUAGUGAGAGAGAAAUAUGAGCAUCGAACGCUGAAAAUGGAAACGCGAAGGGAUCAAGGAUUGUAUCGCAAAAGAGGGAGCGAGCGAGUACGGUAGGCGAGAAAAUGGAGGAUAGAUAUUUAAGAAGCCACAAAAUGAAAAAUCUGUAAAGUUGGUGUGUGUAAUGAAGAAGAGAGAGGGAGGGAGUUGGAAUCGAAGAAGAAAGCUUGAGAAUGAAAAAAAAAUAUGGAGAAAACAUAUAAAAGAAUCAAAACUAUAAUAACGAACAACACAAAUCCACUGAAGAAA